AUGUUUUGGUGUCUUGGUCCUUGGUUGCGCCGUGCUUGUUUAGGCCCAGUCUUGCUAUUGUCAGCGGUAUUUCUUUGUUUUGCAAGCCAUGCAUUGAAGCAUGCUCAUGCGUCAAUGAGGUGUUCAAAGCGCAUUUGUUGCAGGCGGCGCUUUGUUGCCUCCCAAGCGGCGCAAAUCUACCAAGGGGCGUUCCUUGGCUGGGUUGAUGCUGUUAUCCUGGAGGAUGCAGAGGAAAUAGCCGAUGCAAUCCCUGGUCAGCGCUUGCAGGAGAAUGGCGAAACAGCUGACGUCUCUGAAGCCUUGUGCCCAGAGGUGCUCGUGAAGUGCCAUCUGCGUUAUGAUGAUGCUGAAGAGAUGGAAAUUUUAGAAGUUCCUUCUGGCUGCGUGCGCUACAUCAGCGGAUUCAAUUGA